AUGGCUGUGCCCACCAAGCGUCGAGCGACUUCGUCAGCCAACAGCGACUUCUCCCCAUUGCCGUCGCCUCCGCCGGACUCGAGACCUGCGAAGAAGGCUGCUCGACCUGCAACGGCAUCUUCAUCUUCCACAGGCAAGUUCUCGGACAUCUUUGCGGCAGCAAGCUCGUCUGAUCAGGGGAAGGCACCGGCAGCUUUGCCGCCACGAACGCACGGAGCAUCGUACCACCGGCCUCUGCUCGUCGACGAGCCGCAGACCGUUCUUGGUCUGUUGAAAUGGUUUGAGGGUGUGUCUGCCAAACGAGACAUGCCGUGGCGCGCCGCCUUCAUCCAUGCGUCCGACUUCGCUUCCGCUGACGAGCUUCGAGAAGCGAGGAAAAGGAGAGCGUACCAGGUGUGGAUCUCGGAGAUCAUGCUGCAGCAGACGCGCGUCGAGACAGUCAAGUUGUACUGGCUCAAUUGGAUGGCAAAGUGGCCGACUAUCGAAGCACUGGCAUCUGCGCCCGAGGAAGAAGUUCUCGCUGCGUGGCGAGGAUUGGGGUACUACAGUCGAGCAACUCGAAUCCACACGGCAGCAAAGAAGGUGGUCGCGGAUCCGGGCAUGGACGGUUUGCUUCCAGCGUCGCCUGUCGACCUCGAGAAGAAUGUGCCAGGCGUCGGUCCGUACACAGCUGGUGCGAUCUCGUCAAUCGUGUUCGGACAGCCGGUCCCGAUUCUGGAUGGUAAUGUGGCAAGGGUGUUGUCGAGGCAACUUGGCUUGUAUGCAAAUCCAAAAGCCAAGGUCACCACGGAUCUGAUGUGGGCUGCGGCAGACGUGCUGGUCAAGAAAGCGUACGAGGUGGGCGAAGAAAAGGGUACGGUCCCUGGAGAGUGGAAUCAAGCAUUGAUGGAGCUGGGCAGCACAGUAUGUACGCCGCUGAAGCCCGUGUGUGGCGAUUGUCCUAUCAGGCAGACUUGCAGAGCCUACAGCGAAGCAACAGCGGAUACGAUAAGGUCUAAAAAAAAGAAGAAUGCAGUGGAGACGGCUCUGCCGGAUAUCGAGGAUCUGUGCACGUAUUGCGAGCCGUUUCCAUUCGAAGAGGAAGCAGAAGAGGCAAACAAGACGACGGAUCAGGAGGAGGUGGCCAAGCAGAAGGGAGUCAGCAAACUACGCCAAGCGACUCUCUCGUUCGGCUUCUCCGCGCCGGCAUCCAAGACCAAAGCCGACACAAAGCGAGACGCGGCCAAGGUGACUCAAGCCAUCGACAAUCACAUUCGCAAGUAUCCGAUGAAGCUCGAGAAGAAGAAGAUACGACAGGAAGAGUGCCUCGUCUGCGUCAUUCAGCAGCCCUCGGGCGAAUAUCUGCUCGAGCAGCGGCCUGCCACCGGCCUAUUGGCCAGUAUGUGGCAGUUUCCUUCGUUCACCGUUUCCACCACGGCUGCCGGACCAUCCGACGAUAGGACCCACCUCUUCCCGGAUAUCCCGAUACCCAAGCUCAUCGACCAGGUGGUAGCUUCGCUUGUCGACACGAAAGCCAAAGCAGUCAGCAAAGACAAGAUCGGCAGCAUAACGCACAUCUUCUCGCAUCUUAAUCUCACCAUGCACGUCUACAAAAUUUCCUUGGCUGCUGACGCGGAAAGCACCCUUGACGACAGGAAUGGACUCAAGCGACCGACAAAGAAGGCCAAAGUGGAAGAGACGACGGAAAAGAACAAGAACUUCGGGAGCAAGCUCGGCGAUACCGCGCCGAGAAGGUGGGCUGAUGCCACCGAAGUCGAGGCGGAAACCAUGGGCACUGGCAUGCGCAAUUGCUGGCUGGCCGUGCAGACUCAAGAGAAGCAGUCCAAGGGACUGGCCAAGUCGGUGAAAGCUGCAAAGGGCCAAGGCAGGAGAUGA